GAUAAUCUUUUAAGGACGAAGGAAGUAACUCUCUGUCUUCCAAACAUAUAGUGUAUGGAAUAUAGGACUACCCCUUAUUUUUCCAGCUAUAUUUUGGCUUCUUUUGGCUUUGUCUAAACCAACUCCACCUUACUCUUUUUACAAUUUUCUUCCUCCCACUUUAUACUGCAGAAAAAAUUAAAAUAAACUGCCCCAUUUUCUACCUACAAACAGUACCUAAACUACCAUUUUGUCACCCUUAUAAGAGGUAGGUACCACUAAAACUACUCUUAACCCCCACACUUAAUUCCAUUUUCUUCUCAUUUGCAGGAAAAUAUGGAAACACAGAGAACUCCACUUCUCAAUUGGCCUUACUACUACUAUCAAGGCAAGAGUAUAGAAGAGCUAAAUCAUUCAUUGGUGUGCACAACACUAGAGCUAGAAACAACAAAAUUAGCAGCUCAGGAAGAGAUUAGAAAGAGGGAAGAACAAUUAACCCAUCUUCAAGAAUUGCUUAAUAAAGCAAUUACUGAAAAAAAUGAAGCUCAAGAAAAUUGCAAGACCCUUCUCCUUGAAAAACUCUACAUCCAACAACAACAGCAACAACAGCAACAGCAACAACAACAGCAACAACAACAACAAAUGGUUCCGCCUCAAGUACACUCAGGAUCAUCUUCAAGCAUUGAAGAUGAGCCAACAACAACAACAAAAAGAGCAUUUUCCAACAGCAACAAUGGAGGUAAUUUAUCGACUUCUGACGGUGAAGAGAGCAUUAUCUCAUCACCAUCAUCGCCAUUGCCACUGCAACCUUCACCAUCCGGUUUACCGGAAACUGCCCUGCGCCUGUUAACACUCAAGAAGCCGUUACCCGAAAAGGGGAAACUAUUACAGGCUGUGAUAAAAGCAGGGCCAUUACUUCAGACUCUGCUCUUAGCAGGACCACUUCCUCAGUGGAGACACCCGCCACCGCCUUUGGAGAAUUUCGACAUCCCUCCUGUAUCGAUACCGGCUGCUGCAGUCACUCAGACAGUGGCUGUUCAUCAAGAAGAGUUUCUUCCUAAUGUUUGUGGCAAUGUUAACAGAAAAAGAGGGUUUUCUGAUGGUUUUUCUUCUGAGGCUAGUAAGUACCAAAGGGUACUUCUUCAUUAGUACUAUCUACUAAUUAUGAUUUUUAUGAUAGUAAUUUUUUAGCUAGAAAUGCAGCUACUAAGAGCUGGAUUUGAGGGGCUUUUUAGUUUUUUUUUUUUUUGCCAAUUAUUUGGUAAAGGAAGAAGUGGUUUAUCACACUCCUUAAUUUAUUAAACUAUUAGAAACACACUUGUUUACUAAGAAUAGUUUCAGUGCUAAGUUAGAUCAGUAUUUCUUGAAGCUUGUUAGAGAUAUGAGAUAUAAAUAUAAUCAAUAUUGGAACGUAUGAUAAUAUCUUUAGUAUGUUUCAAAGAUUUCAGUUAAAUUUGGUCCCUUAUUGCAGAGCUAUAGUAUGAACAGUUAAAGCUGUAAAUGAUGAGCAAAUUAGGGGUUUAGCCUUUAGCUUUCUUUAAGAUUUGCUACUGGUGAAGUCAGAAAUGCAAUGGUAGGGAGUAUUAUUUUGUCAAUGGAAUUCUUGGACUACUUUUUUGGUUGUGAUUUUUCAUAAAGGAUAAAGUUCUUUAAGAAAGUGCCCUAAAGUAAUUUAUAAAUUUAAA